AUGGGCCCAUCCGAUGACAAGAUAAAAACCUACAAUCCACAUCUCAGUCGAGAAUUCUCUUCUUGUUCUGCCACAAGCAACUCUGACCCUGAGGACCAGCAACAGCAGCAACCCAUGGCCUCUGAUGCUCAAGCAUUCAUUACACAACCUGUCAAGCGUGGAAAGUCACUUGUGCGACCUGAAAGAGAGAGAAUCGAUCCUAAUCAUAGACAAUAUCACUACCGUCAAGCAGCAGGUCAGGCACCCGAGGAUACCAUCCAAGCCAGCAAAACUGGAAAUCUGCCUCAGCGCGCCUUGAGCCGCAAAGGCACCACCAAAUCAGUCGCUAUUCGCAGAGGAAAGAGCAUAUUGGGUCGUGAGGAAAAGGCCAUUGAGGAUGAUGAUUUUGCCUAUGUGCAGCAAGAGCAAAAGCCCUCCUGUUGGGACAAGUUUCCAAGACCGUGGAUGCUGUAUUGCUAUGUGUUGACCUUUUGGAUCCCUCCAUUUGUGCUCAAGAUUUGCGGUAUUCCAUAUGGCCAGGCACAGACGGCUUGGCGAGAAAAGAUUGGUCUUGUUGCUGUCAUUUUGGUCAUCAUGGCAUUUGUUGGUUUUCUGACAUUUGGUUUCACAGCAGCAACAUGUCCAUUACAACCUGUCGCUGUGCACGGUAAUGAAGUGUCGCCGGGGUAUCUGAUCAUCAAGGGAUGGGCCUACAGUCUGUCAGAUUGGCAGGGCCAUCCUCCCAUCAACGGCGGUAAUGAGACCAUGAACGUGCUGUAUCCACCCAUGAACGGCAGCGGCAUGGACGCUUCGUUUUUGUUCCCUUCACGUGUGUCUGCCUGUGAUAAUGUCUUUGUCGAUUUGCAAGGUCAACAGCCAAAUUACUUUCCUUGUCAACUGUUCAACCCCAACCACACCGUACCACCCGACGCUUCACUCUACACCAAUCGCACCAAUUGCCACACAUCGGACGCAGCCACCAGUCUGCUCAACACAUUUGCGACUCAAGGUGUGCCCAACAAGGACGGCGCUUACAACAAGAUUGCUAGAGUGUACUACAACUAUGAGGAUGUCAAUGCGACCAACCAUCUGAUGAUCUACAACGGUGCUGUCUUGAAUUUGGCUUUAUUGCAAUCUCUGCCAACAACACAUUUCCAAAUUGCACAAGGUGGACUUGUGGAUCACAUUUUAAAAGAUGGCGAUAGUUGGGGAGGAAAGGAUAUGACCUACGUGAUCCAGUCGCACCAUGGAUCUGGUGUGUCGUGGGGAGAGGAAGCUGAAUGCUUAUCACAGACGAUUCGAGUGGGGCAGAUUGACACCUUGUCCGUGGGCUGUAUGUUCUCAGAGAUCGUAUUGUACGUAUCGCUGGUGGUCAUUCUGGCUGUCAUUGGCGCCAAGUUUGUCUUGGCCGUCAUUUUCGGUUGGUUCCUGUCAUGGAAACUGGGCAGCUUUGAAGAAGAAAGCUCAUUUGCAGCACGAAGAGAGCGUGAGGAACAGAUUGAAAACUGGACACGCAACAUCAACACAAACGGGCCUGUGACACAUGUGCCUCCACCUCCAUCUCAAGCAACACAACCUGCCAAGCGUAAAUCUCUUUUCCCUCGCUCGUCCAGAUUUACACCCAUGCAACAUGGUCCGAAUCGUUUCGACUUUGACAAACCACCGAUGCCAGUCUGGAAAAACAACGGUAGUCGCCCUGAUUCUUACGUUUCAGCAUCCACACCUUCGUUCUUCAACUCGCCCAGUCAUCGUGGAUCGUAUGCUUCGUUCUCCACCAUGAACAACAAUGGCCACAACAACAAUUACAUGACACCUGCCAUCUCCUCCUACUCGUGGGAUGGCCGCAGCAGCGACUCUGCCAGCAUGAAUCGUUCCAGCGUCAAUGGUGGUGUGUAUGCAAACGGACCUCCAUGUCCCUUCCCGCUUUCACCCUACUGUGUGCCUCAACCACCACCAGACUAUAUGCCAUUCAACUACCCUCUUGCCUACACCAUGUGUCUUGUCACCUGUUACUCGGAAGGCGAAGAAGGCAUUCGCACCACAUUGGAUUCCAUUGCUGUUAGCGAUUACCCCAAGAGCCAUACCAUGCUGUUGGUCAUCUGUGAUGGUUUAAUUACGGGCAGUGGCGAGUCCAGGUCCACUCCCGAUGUCUGUGUGGGCAUGAUGCGCGAUCUGGUUGUCCCUGCAGACGAGGUCAAGCCCCAGCCCUAUGUGGCAAUUGGUGAUGGUGCUAAGCGGAACAACUGUGCCAAGGUCUAUGCUGGUUUUUACAAGUUUAACGAUGACACAGUGCCCCCAGAUCAACAAUCGCGUGUCCCCAUGAUUACCAUUGUCAAAUGCGGUACGGAAGAGGAACAAGGUGCGCCUAAACCUGGUAACCGUGGUAAGCGAGACUCUCAAAUUGUGCUGAUGCAGUUUUUGCAAAAAGUCAUGUUUGAUGAGCGUAUGACCAUGAUGGAGUACGACUUUUUCAACGCUAUUUGGCGUGUCACCGGUGUCCCUGCGGAUAACUUUGAGAUUUGUCUCAUGGUGGAUGCGGACACCAAGCUGUAUCCUGACGCUCUGUCCAGACUGAUUUCUGCUGCUGUCAAAGAUCCUGAAAUCUCGGGUCUCUGUGGCGAAACUCGCAUUGCCAACAAAAAGGACAGUUGGGUCAGUAUGAUCCAGGUGUUUGAAUACUACAUCUCGCAUCACCAGUCCAAGGCCUUUGAGUCCAUCUUUGGCGGUGUCACCUGUUUGCCGGGUUGUUUCUGUAUGUAUCGUAUCAAGGCGCCCAAGGGACCCAACGGCUAUUGGGUGCCCAUCUUGGCAAACCCUGAUAUUGUAGAGCACUAUUCCGAGAAUAUUGUGGAUACGCUGCACCGUAAAAACUUGCUGUUGCUGGGUGAAGACCGCUACUUGACUACACUGAUGUUGCGUACCUUUCCCAACCGUAAAAUGAUGUUUAUUCCUCAAGCUGUCUGUAAAACCGUGGUGCCUGAUACCUUCAAGGUGCUGCUCUCUCAGCGUCGUCGUUGGAUCAACUCGACUGUGCACAACUUGUUUGAACUGUUGCUGGUCAAUGAUCUCUGUGGUACUUUUUGCUUCUCUAUGCAGGCGGUAGUCUUUAUGGAGCUGGUUGGUACGUUGACACUGCCUGCCGCUAUUUCGUUCACUUUGUAUCUGGUGAUUGAGGCCAUUCUCGGUAACCCAGCUGUUGUUCCCCUGGUAUUGCUUGCUCUUAUCCUAGGUCUUCCUGCUGUGCUGAUUGUCAUUACAAGCCGCAAGAUUGUCUAUGUGGGUUGGAUGCUCAUCUACUUGAUCAGUCUGCCUAUUUGGAAUUUCGCUCUUCCUGCUUAUGCUUUCUGGCACUUUGAUGAUUUCUCUUGGGGUGAUACACGUAAGGUAGAAGGCGUCAAAAAAGAUCAGGGUCAUGGCGGCGAAGGCGGUAACUUUGAUAGCAGUGUCAUUACCAUGAAGAAGUGGAGUGAAUAUGAAAUGGAUCGUCGUACAAAGCUGGCUCAAGAAAACAACUUGCCCGUGCCUCGAUUUGCUGAACGCCACAUGAGCGUCGACGUGUUCAGGGAGAACGAACUCUAUGAUGUGCAGAACAGAAGAUACAGCGAUCAAUCGAGCGGCAGUGCUGCUGUCCCAUUGACACAGCAAAUGGAACAUGGCAUACGUUACCGUCACUCUGGAGGAGGAGUUGGAGCUGGAGACGCGUCUGCUACUCCACUUGGUAUCAUACCCGCACGAGUUCAACUCUCUGAUUCGACAGCAACACCUGCAAAUUACGAUAUCAAUGAAAUCAUGCAACCUGCUGCCAACACGACAAGGGAACAGUCGAGUGAAGAACCCAUGGAAAACCAUGAAUUGGGCUGGAUCCAGCAGAGUAGCCAAGGCAAUAAUUGGGCUGACCCGGCGCCGCAUCACAGCCAUGCUCAUUUUGCUGAUGAUGUUGUAGUGGAUGUUGCCACUACAGACGAUGAAGCACCUUCCUCCUCAUCGCAUAUCAAGAGCAGCUAG